AUGGAAGUAACUGGUGACUGGUCACAGAAACUUUUCAAACACAUUGCGUCCGUUUCUGUUAAUUCAAACAGUUACGCGCGUUGCGCAAAUCCGAGAGGAAGAAGGCCGUGUAUUUUCACUCUCUCUCUUUGUCUCCUCUUCCUCCUCGACACGUUUCCUCAGAAUUCAUUGUGUGCAAGAUUGCCUGGACCCAAGUCUGAACAUCCAGGUGUUUGUCCCAACAAGUUGAAUGCCAACUUGUGGGUUGAUGCACAAAGCACCUGCGAACGCGAAUGUGAAGUCGACCAGGACUGUGCCGACUUUGAGAAGUGCUGCACAAACGUGUGUGGCCUGUACAGCUGCGUCGCCGCCCGCUUCGCAGACGGCUCCCCCGCCACGCCCGAUGGCCAGCCCGGCGAGGUGUCGCAGAGCGGUGGGCAGGGCCCGGUCGCCACAUGCCAAGGCUUCAUCUGCAGCCAGCAGGGCUCCACCUGCGACAUCUGGGAGGGCCAGCCCAUCUGCAAGUGCCAGGACCGCUGUGAGAAGGAGCCCAGCUUCACGUGCGCGUCCGACGGCCUCACCUACUUCAACCGCUGCUACAUGGACGCCGAGGCGUGCAUCCGCGGCGUCAGCCUGACCGUGGUCACCUGCCGCUACCACCUGCCGGGGCCGCAGACCAGCCCGCUGCCCCAGGACACGACAGCGUUCCCGACCCCGACGGCGUACCUGGAGGACCAGCUGCCGCCGACGCUCUACAGCAACCCUAGCCACCAGUCGGUGUACGUGGGGGGGACGGUCAGCUUCCACUGCGACGUGAUCGGCAUGCCCCGGCCGGACGUCACCUGGGAGAAGCAGUCCGAGCGACGCGAGCGGAUCGUCAUGAGACCUGACCAGAUGUACGGCAACGUGGUCAUCACCAACAUCGGCCAGCUGGUGGUCUACAACGCCCAAGUGUGGGACACGGGCAUCUACACCUGCAUCGCCCGCAACACCGUGGGCGUCCUGCGCGCCGACUACCCGCUGUCGGUCAUCCGGCGGUCCGAGGACGACUUCCUGGACGACCCGGAGCUGAACAUGCCCAUGGGGAACCCGUUCUCGCCGGCCGACUGCCUGGCCGAGCUGGACCGGCGGGAGUGCGGCGAGCGCAAUGUGGAGUGGUAUUACGACGCCAAGCAGGCCACGUGCCUGACCUUCGCCCACGGGGGCUGCGAGGGCACCCGCAACCGCUUCGAGACCUACGAGGAGUGCCGCGCAUCGUGCCAGCGCGAGGGCAUGGGCAUCUGUCUGCUGCCCGCCGUCCAGGGCCCCUGCAAGUCCUGGGAGGCGCGCUGGGCGUACAACGCCAUGAUGAAGCAGUGCCAGGCGUUUGCGUACGGAGGCUGCCAGGGCAACGGCAACAGCUUCCGCACCAAGGGCGAGUGCGAGGCCAACUGCCCGCAGAUAAAGAGCCGGCCCUGCAAAACGUGCCGGGUCAAGAGCAAGAUGGUCCCGAGUUUCUGCCGCAGCGAUUUCGCCAUCGUGGGGAAACUGACCGAGCUGAUCGAGGACCUGGACUCGGGAAUCGCCCGCUUCAGCCUGGAGAAGGUGCUCCGGGACGAAAAGAUGGGGCUGGCGUUCUUCAACACCCGACACCUGGAGGUGACGCUGACCAAGAUGGACUGGUCGUGCCCGUGUCCGAACAUCACGAUGGAUGACGGCACUCUGCUGGUCAUGGGGGAAGUCCAGGACGGCAUGGCGGUGAUCCAGCCGGACAGUUACAUCCGUCCCAUCUCCGAGAGGCGGCUCAAAAAGAUCCACGAGGUUCUCGAGAAGAAGACUUGUGAAAUGCUCAGAAGAUUCCAGGAUUAGGACUUUCCAGAACUAGGACUUUCUCUGCAUAUUCACUUUAAUUUAGCAGACAUCUAAUGAAGAUACAAACAACUGCUUCUUGCGAUGCCAUGAAAGCCCUAACUUUGAUGAUAAUUUCUCAUAUGCACAAUAUUAUAUAACAGUGCAUUAUUUCACUUCUAUCCAGGGAUCAAAAAAGGAGGCAUGUGCAAGACUCAAUAACACAAAGGAAUGUACUACGAAAACAAAACUGACUAAAAUCAAUUGACCUUCAAUAUACACUUUUGGACAUAUUUAACUUGAUUUAACUCUCUUGAUUUAAUCUUUAUGGGUAGUUCCAGCUAGAAUACCCAAGACAGAUGGACUGUGUUUAUUUUUCAUUGACAGAGAGUCAGGAAGGCUCACAAAGCAAGGAAGUUUAUAUAACAUCAUGCAAAAUGUCUGACAUCCAAAUAGUGGAACAUUACAA